CUAUAGUAUAGUCUAAUGCAUUAAAUAAUGUUUAAGGUAGUCUGACAUGCUAACCUCAUCUAGACAGACCUCCCUAUUGUGUGCAGAUUUAUUUAGGUGGAUUCACCUAUUGAUAACUGCCUGUAAUCCUGCAAAUAAUCUCUUCAAUUGCUCGUACCAUCUAUGAAUCAUUGCAUUUAAUUGUAAUGCGAUGGCUAGACUUGAAAACUAAACAGAUUUUGGUGGAGAUGUACGGGGACAGAUCGCAUGCUAAAUUUAUUUCCCAAACAAUAGUAAAGGAAGCAGGGGAAUGCGCGCUCACUAUCGGGCUCUCUGACAGUUAAGGGAAUGCGCGCUCACGGUCAUUGCGCAGUUUUCGCUCCGUGACGCUUCAUUCAUUUACGCUUGAAACAAACUUAUGGUAACAUCAUCUUGCCUUUGAGCCCGACCAGGACGUAUUCAUUGAAAGGAAAUAGGCUGUUCAAGCGUCUCGAUGUCACAUGACAGAGUCAAAAGUAGUGCAGUAAAGUGAUGUGGACAAAAAAGAUAAGAGGUUGCAGGAGCCGGAAUGACACAGGGCUUUCCUACAGUGACCCCAUUUCUGCUGCUCUUCCUGAUGGGAUUUGCAAUGGCUGGUAUCCAUCUCUGGCCAUCAAUGCACAUUGCUUUGAGCAAUGCCAGCGUGUUUGUGAAUUACAGUGCUGACGGCAACUCCACCGACUACAAAUUGACCCUGUCGCUGAUUGACAUCGACAAACAUGUUACAGUAUUCACCAGACCACUUCCUGUUAACCAAUCAAAAGGGUCACUGGAGUUUGACUGCUCCUACUUCCUGUUUGCAGGUAAUUUCAGAUUCAGACUGGAGCAGAAACACGACCAGGCUGUGUCUAACCAGAGCGCCAUCUUGCGGUGGAGCCCGGUUCUCCGUGUGCACUGGCCAACCUUUCACCUGACUGUUGAACGUGCCAACAACAACCAAAGCUCUAAUGGCUUUAGGAUUGGCGUGCACACCAAUGACAACUUCCACCCUUGUCCCAGCGGCAAAGCCUCUUCUCUCGACCUUGAUGUCAGCUACCUGGAGCAAGUCCAGAUAGGCAGGAAAACCAUUGACAAGGUGCAAAACCGAAUAAGACACAACAUCAAAUUAGUCAAGUCUCAGCAUGUGGACAUGGUGUGUGCUUCCUCUUUGACAGAACAUGGAUUUAUUCAGAUUUCCAUAAAGUCACCACAUACUCAACAAGACAUCACAUCCUCUGGUUCGUUGUACCUGUCAAGCAUCUUUUCCUACAAGCUUCUCGUGGAUGACAUCUACAAAAGCGGUUGCGUUGAAACCGUAUCUGUCCGUCGAAUUGCUCCUCCUUGUAUGAUUACUAAUGGAAAAGUUCUACUGUAUAAGGAAGAUGGGAAAGAGAAGCCUGAUUCCACUCAUCUGGCCUUCAACUUCCUCACUCAAGUGGAGAAUGAGACUGAAUUUAACUGCUCUCUCUUUGAUGUCGGCAAGAAUAAAUACUGCUUCAAUUUCACGCUGGUCUACAGUCAAGCUCCCAGUUUAGCACAAACCUGUGUGGUUGUGCAACGGCAUACAACGAUGUGGGGUCCUUGGCAGCCAUGGAGUGGUUGCAGUGUGACGUGUGGGGAAGGGGUUCGAGAGCGUGUUCGUGAAUGUCUGCUGCCAUCUGGAGGUGGGAUGCGAUGCACUGGCAUGGUUAGGGAGCAGUCGCACUGUUGGCUAGAGGGCUGCACUGAAAAGAUUCCCCCUCCAUCCCUCACUCCUCCACCGGCUGUGAGUUCCACCCUUGCUGGGAAUCUAGUGGUAGUGGCUGGGAUCACCUUGUGCCUGGCUGUGAUCCUGGCCACCAUCUUUAUCACGGUGUGGAGAAAACUCUGCCGUGCUCCGAAGUGCAGCUCCAUGCGGCGUGGAUCCACACACUCUCCCAGUGGCCGGAAGAACUCCGAUGAAGCUUCAAUCUUUGGUCACAGCCUGCAAAGACCUAGUUUUUCUGACAGUUUGCAAGCAACUUCCCCGCAGAAGGGGCUCACCUUGCCUGCAAAACAGGAGCCGUUAGACCGAGGUGUGUUGGCCUGUCAGCAAAGCAUGUCUCUUCCCCUCCCUCAAGACCCUGAGAGGAUGUCCCCUUCUGGCCAAAAGAUCGUUCCGCCUAUUUUUGGAUACCGCUUGGCUCAACAGCAGCUGAAGGAGAUGAAGAAAAAGGGGUUGAAAGAGGCCACUCAAGUCUACCAUGUGUCUCAGAGUCCUGUUGAUGACACCAUGCUGGAGGCCACACCUUCAAGCCAUACAGGUUUAACUCCAGUGCCUCAGGAAGUCGACAGCCCGGAGGAAGCCAGCAGCAGUCACUUCCGAAUAAAGUCUCCUUUUCUUGAACCGACAUGGCCUCCGAAAAACACAGGAGCUCUGUUAGAUAAACACAAAGUAGACAUGUUGCUGGGUCCACCAAAGUCUGCGUUCAGUGCCAGCGCCCGUCGUCUUGAGCGCACGGCAGAUUGGGUGGAGAUGGUAGAGCGCAGUAGAGUUAACUACCCAAAGAAUCCAAAUUUCAGGAGAACAUCAAGCUUCCACGACAACAACCAACAUUUGCCUCCAUCACGACCCUUCAGAGAGAGAAGCAUGACCCAAGUGACUCCUCGACAGCUUCCAGAUGGGAGUUGUAGAAACAGAACCUGGGAGCAUACACUACCUGAAUUUGAGGUCUGGUCCUGCCCCAAUCCCAAAAUAACUGAUAGGUCAGGUGAUCAAAGGAGGCGGCCAUGGGUAGACGCAGUCCCGUCCCAGUCAAACUGUAAAGGUAAUACCUUAGUGGUUCCCAAUUCAGCUCCAGUGACACCCACAAAAGAACCCUUGAUGGAUCGUCACAGGAUUGCUCGGAGCCCGUCUUCCCCAAUGGACAGAGCAGAAAGGGCAGAACAAAACUGGAACAAAAGAGGACCCUCCCCUAUCCAGAGGAACAUCUUAGCCAGGAAGCUAAAAGAAGCGAAUUCAUCUUCCUGUCAAAGGCAACGCAGUUCCACAUUUUCUACCUCAGAGCAGCGCAGGGGGCGCUGUCGUAGUCUUCCUCUCUCUGCAGACUACAGCAACUCCCCUUAUAUACUUACUGAGUCAGAACAGCGAAUAAUGGACAUUUCUGGAUACUUGGGUGAAGAAGAUGGAGUAGAAAUUCUGAAUAUUCAUAAACUUACAUAAUCAAAGUUUUGGGAAGGUUCUUACACUCUGACUCUACUAAAGAAAACUAUUGUGUAACAAGUGACUAGAAAAUUUUCAGUUGGAGGGGUCUGAAGUUUUUUUAAAGUGAUAUAAUUGUGAUUUUAAUUUUGUUUUGAGGACAUGUGGGCACAUCACAGCCUAGUUUUAUGAGCUAUUUGUAAUGGAACAAUAAUUUGAUACAACUGAAAUAUACACUGUAAAAAAAUCUUUAUUCACUUUAAUUUUUUAAAGGGUCCAUGGCAUGAAAAUCUGACUUUUCCACGUUUAAGUGCUAUAAUUGGGUCCCCUGUGCUUCUAUCAACCUAGAUAAUGUGAAAAAGAUCAACCCAGUAACUUAGUUUUGGUAAACCAUUCUCUACAAGCACAUUAAAAAAUAGGUCGUUGAAAUUUGGCUCUCCUUAUGAUGUCAUAAGGAGCUCUUAUUAUAAUAACACCACCCUUUAAUCUGCACUAUUCAUCCACAGCACUGCCAUUUAGUGCAGAGAUAAAGAGAGAGAAAAUUCAACAGCACAAUUGAGUUUCAAUUGCAACAAACCACCAUCAUUGUGAUCAGUGUUCGAAUUUCAUCGGCUCAUUUGCAUUUUAAAGAACACACCCCCAAAACGGCAAAUUUUUGCACACACCUACAAAGUGGCAAUUUUAACAUGCUAUAAUAAAUUAGUUAUAUGGUAUUUUGAUCUAAAACCUUAAAUAUGUGCUCUGGGGACACCAAAGAUUUAUUUGACAUCUUAAAAAAGUAUUGUGCCAUGGCCCCUUUAAGUUUAGUCAACUUGGAUUUACAAGUCAUUUAACUGUAUUUACUAGUGAUGUGUUGCUGUAACUUAUAAAAUUAAGUUGACAUAACUAAUGCACAUUCAAAUUGAUUCAAUAAUUUACAACAACUCAUCACUUGUCAAGAUAGUUGAAAUAACUGGUAAAUCCUAGUUGAUUAAACUUACAAACGUAAGUGCAAAAAUAUUUUUUACAUUGUGAUUCAUGCAUCGCAUUUUAGUAUCAAUUUAAAAAUGUGCCUUUAGUUUUACAUUCACAAACAUUAUAUAUUUCUUUUACAUAAAUUACACAUCUGAAAGUGACACAAAUGACACAGAAUCAUUCAUAUUUUGGACAACAAAAAUGUUUUGGAUAGUUUGUACACUGGAAAGGGCUUUUUGGGAAAAACAUAAACAUGUUUAUACAUUUCUUAAGUUUCUGUCAUUGCUUAUUUAGUCAAAGACGCAAAACUAGUCAAAAAGAAAAACAAAUUCACUUUUAAAAUGAUGCCUCAGUAUGUUUUGAUGCUUUAUUAAGUUAUAUAUGAAGUAUUAUAUAUAAAAAGACACUGCAUGCACCCAAGGUUACAUUCAAAAUGUAGCUUAAGCAGAAAGAGAUCUUUUUUUUUCAUUUUAUUAUUUAGUUAGUGGGAAAACAUACAGGAAAUUCACAAAAUGAGUUACUUCAUCCCCAAUGAAUCCUUCUUGGCUUUUGCCACACAUUUUGCUGCAUUUUUAUAAUAUAACCACAGUAAAUAAUGGCCACAGUUAAAGGGGCUGUAUGUAAGAUUGACCUCUUGACACUAAACUUGGUAUCGCAGUCGAAAUUCAAAAUAUACCUCUCAGGUUGCCAGACACCUGCAGGAGUUCUGUUAUGGAAAGCACAUGUUUAUUUGCUCAAUUUUACGUUUGCAAUGUUUUUGUUGAUUGGAAAUUACAAAAAGGCCUAUUUAUACCUCAAUCUGUUCAUUUUGGAGGUUGCGUCCACCAGAGGUCACAUUUAAGUAAAUGUGAUAACUGGAACCGAGCUAUCAACAAACCCUAUUGGGUAAAUUGGCAGUGGCAAGAUCACACAGACCAAAACAAAAACAAAUUUGGACCUUCAAGAGUAUAUAACAGGCACUGAGAAACAGAAAUGUGAAGUUAACAUGUUUCAAACAUAUCUGUAAAAAAUAUAGUGGUUUUUUUAUACGUUGUACAGUCAAAAAUCUACAUAUAGCUUCUUUAAUACACUGUAAAGUACAUAAAUGUAUAAAGAUUUUAAGUGUGCCUUUUUACUCUGCCGGUCCUG